GCUGUUUCUCAGCUGUCGGUUCGCAUAGCAACAAGUUGAUAGAGCAGCAGGAUGCGGAGAGACAGCUGUUAGUCUGAAAACACCGCGAAACUGCGUUUAUUUUAUUCAGAUUACUGUCCAAACCGCACCAACACGCGGGGCGGGUGAAACUAUGGACUAGGCCCGUGGAAGAAGACUGGCGUCCGUUUACUGAGGAAUGAGUCUUCGGAGCGGAUACCGCAGCUGAGCUAACAAGCUAACAGGCUAACGGCAUCAGGAGGCUGGACUCGGCGACAGACGUCAUGGACUCCCCGUUGGACUUUUAUUUAUUAUUUUAUAAAUAUAUUAUAUAUUCGAAUUGUGCACUAUUAUAUAUAUAAUGUUAUAUAAAACCUAAAAUAUUAAAUUAAUUCAGUGUUAAUCAUUUAUUAUAGUAAAACUGUAGGUGUAGAUCCACCUCCUGGCCACUGGGGGUCGCUGUCUCUCAGCUGUCGGUUAGCAACAAGUAGGCACAACAACAGCAGGAUGCAGAGGGACAGCUGUUAGACUGCAGCGCAGAACUGCGUUUAUUUCAGGCUUCUGUCCAAACUGCACCAACAUGUGGGGCGGGCGAGAGGGAAACUAACGACUGGCUCCGUAGAAGAAGACGUUUCCCGCUCCGUGUUUGAGUUUAUUAAGAAAUGAGUCUUCGGAGCGGAUGCCGCAGCUGAGCUAACGGGCUAACAGGCUAACGGGAUGAGGAUGAGGAGGCUUUAAUAAACUUUAUCAACAGCUGGACUCGGUGACAGUAACGGACGUCAUGGACUCCCUGCUGGACUUUGAGGAGUGCGUGAAGGAUUCACCUGAGUUCAGAUUGACCCUGGAUCAGUUUGAGGGCGACGUUUCUCUCCUGGAGGCACAACUGGACAAGGUGAUGAAGCUGAGUGGGAAGAUGGUGGAGGCGGGGCAAGCGUACAGCGCAGCCAAUCAGCUGCUCCUGAGCGGCCUGGCCGAGCUCUCAGUCUACCACCAGAGGGACGCGGUCAUCACGAGUUGCCUGAACCAGUUCAACCAGGGCCUGCAGGAGAUGGUGAACUUCCACACGAUGUUGUUCGAUCAGACUCAGAGAGCCAUCAGUCACCAGCUGACCAACCUCUGCUCACAGUUUCUACCUCAGCUGUUUGAGACCCGGAGAGAGUUUGUCCGGAUCGGGGACGACCUGGAGGCGGCGGCCGUGAAAAACGCUCAGGUGUCUCGACAUAAAGCCGCUGAGGCCGAGAGGGCGAGUCACCUCCUCCUCGCCACCCGCAAAUGCUACCAGCACUUCGCCCUGGAUUACUGCCUGCAGCUCAACACGUUCAGGACGCAGCAGAAAGUCGACGUCUUAAACUCAGUUUUCUCCUUCGUCCACGCUCAGUUCACCUUCUUCCACCAAGGCUUCGACCUCCUCAGGACUCUCGUCCACGAUGAAGCAUGCUGCACCUCACAGUUGUCGAAGUUGUCGACCGAAUGCGCCGCUAAGAGGAAGGAGCUGGAGAACAGACACCUGCUGGUGCAGCAGAGGGACGCCUCUGGGGAGCCGAUGGUCGGUCCGUGUCCCAGUAGUGACGUCACCAUCCAGGGUUACCUCUUCAAACGGUCCCGGAGAAAAACUAAAACCUGGAAGAGAUGCUGGUUCAUCAUCAGAGACAAUCAGCUCGUCUACAGGAAGUCACAUAAGGAGGAGGCCAUGGUUCUGUUUGAGGAUCUCAGACUUUGUGCCGUCAAAUCCCUGGAGCACGUCGACCGGCGCUUCUGCUUCGAGCUGCUCUCCGUUCAGAAGUGCUGUGCCCUCCAGGCCGACUCGGAGCAGCUGAAGCAGGCGUGGCUCAGCGCUCUGCAGGGCAGCAUCGACCUGGCGUACAGAGAGCGAGCGGAGCCCCAGCUCACACAGCCUAAGGAGCUGCCCCCUCCCCAGUGUGGGGGGGAGGCCUCCCCGGGCCCCCCCUCCCGGAGGCCGGCCGUCCUUGCCGUGGCGCUGAGGGGCGCCGGGAACCAGCGGUGCUGCGACUGUGGGGAGGAGGAUCCUCGCUGGGCCUCCAUCAACCUGGGGGUCACCAUGUGCAUCGAGUGCUCGGGCAUCCACAGGAGUCUGGGCGUCCAUCUGUCCAAGGUCCGAUCUCUCACUCUGGACUCCUGGGAGGCCGAACAGCUGAAGCUGCUGUGCUUUCUAGGAAACGAUGUCAUGAACCAGAUCUACGAGGCUCGGUGUCCAGAGGAGGGACGAGUCAAACCCAGAGGGGACAGUCCGAGGGUGGAGAAGGAGUCAUGGAUCAAGGAGAAAUAUGUGGAGAAGAGAUUCGUCCAGAGACGGAGUCCAGACGGAGCUCAGCGUCUGAAGGACGAGGCCGGGCUGCGUCUCUAUCGGGCCUCUGUGGCGGGGGACCUGGUUGCCAUGGCAGCAGCGUUGGCGGAGGGGGCGGAGAUCAACGGGAGCAUCGGCGCCGAGGGAGGACGCACGGCGCUGAUCGGAGCCGCCGUCGGGGGGUCGCUGUCGGCCUGUGAGCUGCUGCUGCUGAACGGAGCCAACGUCAACCACCGAGACCUGAGGGGACAGGGGGCGCUGCACGCUGCUGCCACCGCUGGACACACCGGGUAA